AUGAGGGGAGGCGACAUGAUAGGGGUUGGACUGCGGCGGGUCACAGUGCAGCAGUUAGAUGAGAGAGUUACGGACAGCGGACACUCGGACACGUACCACCGCCGCCUACAGCUAGGGCGCUACGGAUUUGGGCUGUACCUUCAUUGCAACACACGGCACUCGGCACGCUCGCACUCUCGGGGUGCCCUCGGGGCGCCUGGCUCGGGACUGGCGCGGCGGCCGGCGCAUCGACCCGCCACGGCCUGCGCGCGCACCUCGUUAUGUAAUACACCUCUCAUCUCAUUCAUUCCCAUCGAUUGCAUAUUA